CACCCGCCCACUUUUGCAUAGCAAAUCGCAACUCGAUCCUCGAUCGCUGUUUUUCUCAGAUAAAAAUAAUUAUUUUUAAUUUUUUAUGCACUCCGGUCUCCUGUCAAGAAAAAAAUCGCCACUGCACAGUACACUACACAAACUUAGCUUCUUAAUACAUAAUUUAAAUGUUAAUCUAAAGAAAAUUUUACAAUUUUAUUGAAAAAUGACUGACCGAGAUCUGAAAUUAAUUUUGAAGGGCCUUCUAAAUGACCGUACAGAUGACAUUUUGAAGUUGGACCUUCUCUAUCAACUCGAGUCUUUGGAAAUUGACGUCACUGGAUUGAAUGCGGCUUUGAAUGUUCUCCGAGCCUUGCAGAACAAUGAAGCCUUUUUGAAUGAUCCUCUCCGUCUCAUCCGAUCUCAGUCUAUUCACACUGCCACGGCCCUUUUGCUAAAUUGCCAUGCAAAGUUCGGCCCAGAACUUGUUAAGGCUGCCAUGGCAAACCACAUAGACUUGCUGCUGUCCUUUUGCAAUGGUUCUGAUGCAAAUUUAAAAGCGGUUGCUGCUACUAGUCUAUCAGAAAUUCAACUUUGCUUUAAAGACUUGCUGGGCCCUUGUGUGGCCGUUAUUGAUACCUUGGCGGCCUUUGAGGCCUCUGCUGCUCAUCAGCCACUCCUCCAGCUGCUAUCCCUUUUGGCUACUGAAGAACAAACUGCCGCUUUCCUGAUAGCCCAGCUGCCCCUGCUAUCAACUCCUGCGGCCGUUUUCUUGGCCGCUCGUCUGGCCUCUUUGGCGACUCCGUUUCUCAUCCGACCAUUCCUGCAACAAAUCCUGGUCACCUUCGACUUAUCUUCUUUGUGUGCCGCAGUCCGACUGUCCCACUUUCUGGACGACUUUGGUCGGGUGCGUCUGUUGAAUCACUUGCUCGGACUGAGCAAAGACCCUGGCCUUGCUGCGGCAGUCAGGCUGGUGCUAUUGGACAUGGCAGUUUACUUCAGCAAUCGCUCCAACCUGCCCAUUUCUUCUCCGAGUUUCACCCCGGCGGACGGUGCACACAGCAAACUGAAAAAGGCAGCCAUCAUGUUCGCCGAGCCAAGCAGCCAGUCUGAAAUUGCUGCAUUGGAGUCGAUUGUGGAAGACGCAGCCAGCACUAAAAACAAAUCUGUAAAUGCCAAAGUUCUCUACCUGGCAUCAAGAAAUGAACAGCUAAUAGACGUCUGCAAAAAGGUCGCUGUGGAUCUCACUUUGAAGGAUCUGUCAUUUGCCCCUCAUUUUCUUCAGUUGGUUCAAACUGUGCCAGAGCUGGAGCCCUCGAAUCUGAUGUCGUCUUUGGUUUCCACUGAACCUCCGCACCCCAAGCAUCUGUCCCACUUUAUAAUGCUUUUGAAACAAGCAGUUGCAUCAAGAAGUGCGGCCGUUGCCCGGCCCAAAGAGAGUCUCAGUCUAGCGGCCCGCUUGGUCAACUCGUCCUCGGAAGGCCUCUCUCCCAACACAGCCCACAGACUUUUGUCCGUUUGCCAUCAAAUAAUCAAGGUUUUCGACCCUGCCGACUUCAAUACAGAAAUGACUGCCCUGCUCUCUGCUGUUGCUGCCAAGUGUCCGGAAGAAGAUGUGGCCGCUCGAGUCGUAUCUUUUGAAUCCCUGCUAGGUUGUCUGACGGACUCAAAGGUCAGGGAAGUGUUGAGGUCGCAGAAAAAGGGCCUGGUUGCUGGUUUAUUCCACAGACCGCAGGCUGUGAAAGUAAUGGAGCUUCCUGCGAUGACUCUGCAAGUGUGCAAAGCCCCAGUUCACGUGCCUGAAGAAAAGAAGUCUGAGCGAGUAAUUCAGGGGACUGAUGUCCUCACCGAGUAUUGGCCUCUAAUUCAAUCAUCUAAGCAGCGCCAGAUUAAAAUUAAUAUUUUGGUCACUCCGGAACAAAACGAACCCUUAAAUGCAAUAGCCGUAUUUUUUGAACCCCUUUUACCAUUCGGACAAAUGGAACCACUUUUGAUAGGGCGGGUGUCUUCGAAAACCAAAGCAGUUGGAGCUUAUACACCUGAACGUCCUUACCCUGUCAUCCUUGCAGCUCGGGCUGAAUUUCAAAUGAGUGGCCGUUCGUACUGCUGUCCUCUGCAGGACCUGACCAUUGGAUUGGCGAGCCUUUUCCAGCCAAUGCCUGGAGGCUCGAGAAAGCAGGUGGCCAAGGCCAUGUGGGAACACAUGAAAGAGUGGCCUGAAGCGUCGGUUGUUCUGCCUGAAGAAGCAGCCAAGGCCAAGUUGAAGGAAUUGAAGCCAUUUCUGGUGAAUCCAGGUGGAAACCUGGUCACUACUUUUCUAGCUCCGAGCAGCCACUUGCUAUUCAAAUUCGGCAACAUGGACUCGGCAGUGGUGAAGAUUGAUAUCAAGACUGAUGACGUGAUACUACUGGCGCAUGCCAAUGACUUCUUGCUCAAGUCAAAAUAGAAAAUUAACUGAAAAUUAUACAAAUAUUACAGCCUUAAAAAUAAAGUUAUUCCAUA